ACUCGGCAGGAGCGAACGGAGCGACUUGACCCGGAAAACAACCCCGGACCGGGACGCGUCGAACGUUCCGUAGUACGCGUAGCUUGUGCUUGUUUCCCACCCACCACCCACCCACUGGGAGGGAGGCUGCAACACGCAAAAAGAGAGAAAAAAAAGGCAGCAGUGUGAGCGGUUUUUUUUUUGGCGUUCGUCUCGUUUUGCGGCGUGUUUAUGUGCGUGACCGGCCAUUAGCAAAACUCCGCUAACCGCGAGGGGAAGUGACAACCGCUAUCGAUGCGGGUGCGGAGGAAAAUCAUCGCCCCGUGGCCGGGUUUUCGUGAAAAUGUGUGUGCGUGUGUGUAUAUGCGCGCGCUAGAGUGAAAAGCCCCUGUUGGUGCUGGUGCGCCGGCGGGAUGAAGGCGAACCUGAACGGCUGGUGUUGAAGGAAACACGCACAAACCCACACACACACGCAUGCACACGCACACACACACAUACAGAGAGGCUGGCCCAAAACGCCAAAACAGCUGGAACGGAAAUGCCUCCCCCCGUCAACUUGGGUUUGCGGAAAAUGGUUGUUUUCCGUUGUGAAGUCCGUUGGAAAGUUGAAAAGUGAGCGAGAACGAAGGCUGCAGCACAGUGCGAUGUAGUGACAAAAGGAAAACGGAAAGGAGGAGGAGGUGGAGGAGAAGGGGCCACCGGGCCGGGCAGGACCGGGCCCGGACCGGAGGUCACAAGCUACGCGUACUGCGUCACUUGCGUCGUGUCCUUUUCCGUCGGGUCGUCGCUGCGUUUUCGCUCCUGCCGUGGUUAUCUUCCUUGAAAACAAAAAAAUGGGAGAAAGAUUUGUGGAAAUGAAGUGGAAAAGAUCCCGAUACCGGUGGUCGGAUUAGCGUUCCCCGUUUCGGUUGGCCCCAACCCACCCCCGGCCACAGCAUCCGGUGGGACACCAGCGCCAUCAAGGAUACGCUUUGAUUUGGCGUUUUCGUAUCGCGAUUCGUGUGAUUCGUGUUUCGUUGAGAUGUGUUUUUUUUGGCGUUAAAAGAAAAACUCGUUCCCCGGUUGCCACCGUCGUGGUGCAAAAUCCCAGCUUCGCCUUACCUUGCUUGUCUUGUUGUUCUAUCUCCCCACCGGUUCGACCCCCGGUUUCGGUCGGUUGCGAUUGGCCCUUCUUCGUUCGAGUAAGUCGUAAGCAAUUAAAUGAACGAAAUCGUCAUCCUAAGCGAGGGCUACUCCCGGUGGGACGAACCGGAACCGGAACUGGAACCAAAACCGACCGGCACGAUGAUGCUGGCCAACUGCACCUGCACGCUGAUCAAAGGCCCCGAUUGCAACGUCAUCGUCGACACGAUGACCCCGUGGGAUGGCGAUCUGCUUUUGCGGCGACUGCAGGAGCAUCAGCUGCAUCCGGACGACAUCGGCUACGUCGUGAGCACACACGGACAUUCCGACCAUCUGGGGAAUAAUAACCUCUUCCUGCGGGCGAAGCGGCACAUCGUUGGCACUAAUAUUUCCCACCGGAAUCGUUACUACGUCCAUGAUUUCGACGCCGCCCCCUUUCGACUGACGGAUGAUAUCGAAAUUCAGGCCACACCAGGCCACACAAUGUCCUGCGUGACGGUGCUGAUCGCCCGGACCAACCUGUCGAUUGGCGUCCCCGAUGGACUGCGAGUGGCGGUCGUUGGGGAUUUGUUCGAGCGCCAGCAGGACAUCGAUGACGAGCGGCUGUGGCUGGACGCUGGCAGCGAGAAUCCACGUGCUCAGCGGCACCAUCGGGCUCGGAUCGCUGAUCUGGCCGAUUGGAUCGUCCCCGGACAUGGUGGACCAUUCCGGGUGGAUUCGGAGAUGCGUGAAAAGCUGCACCGGCAGGUGACGGAUUCGGUGGGUGAAAUGUAACGCCAGAAUGGAGAGCAGCCUGGUAAGAAGCCUGUGGUGGGAGAACGGCGGCAGGAAUCGAUGCUUUUUUUACAGCCUGAUUAAUGAAGUUACAGUUUCAAGGUUUCGUUUUUGCGCGAAGUUGUUUCGUUGUUUUGCACACGCGCUCGCUUCACGCGCAGGCGGCAUAGUUUGCGCAAACCAGUUCCGUUCCGCUUUCGGUUUCAAGCGUUGCAUCGCAACACCAGGAGAGGAGAGAAAAAAAAAUUACACAACAAAAAAUAAAGCGAGAAGAAGGAAUUAGGAACCCGUAAGAACUAAACGAUGUUAAUAUGAUAAGUGACUAAUUAAUACGAUUAUGUGUGUCAAGGCAUAUUAGCGAAAAGUCAAGAGACAAGAAUCAAAUGCUAUCAUUGUGCACAUUAUACCGAUUAUCGAUUGUUCGUUCAUAGUGUUGUUCAUGUAAUCGAAGCGAUCCAGGCGGGGGUUUGAUUCCCGAUCAUAAGGGCAUUAGCUGUCGCUUGUCCCGGUCGUGAUGUGUUUAAAAAAAAAAAGAAGAAACGCAUACCGUUAAAAAAAGGGGUUACACCGACCUAGGGACAAAAUUUCCAGUUACUCAUUGUUAGCACAGUUGUUUGUUGUUUGCGUCGACAAUUUUUCAUUUCCUAUCGUUGUGGCUCGGUUCGUUCUGACGAGCCGGGCUCUUUAGCAGUUUGCAAAACCAUGCGUUUAACCCGUUUAACAGGUUUGGCUGAGCCGCACGAGCACACCACUCGUUCUCGGCGAGGCCGGAAAGGCCGAAUGGACCGUCUAGUGAAAGUAAAAACACACACGCGUACACGUAUAAUAACGUUCGCACGAAAGAAAGAAAACGCCCUUCUCUCUGGACACACAGCUCGCCUAUUUGCAAGGCUGCCUGUGGUGUUGAGUGGUCGGUGUUUGAUGCGAACGAUACGAGAGAGCUUUUUACCGCUUAUUUCCGUAUCCUGAAUCCGGUUGGGCGGAUGACCGCCCGCGUUUCGAUCCAUCGAUCGGAACCGGUGCAUACCGUUGGAUACCGAUACGCAGGGAUACGUAUGGAAUAAAACCAACCAACCAACCAGAAAAAGAAAAAAAGACACCCAAGAUUUGUCUGUGUACACGCCGGCAUGGCACGGACGUGUGCGGGAAAGCAGAAAUUUAAUGAAGAAAAAAAAACAAAAAACAAAAAAACCCAACCAAUGCUCUUAAGAACGGCCGGCGUUCGUGCUGGAUGUUGGAAGACGCAAGCUUUAUGGCAACUUACAUAGGUAUGCUUUAGGAUAAGAAAUGGAACGGAGCCACAGUGGGCGUGUAGACGAUGAGGGCGGAAAACAAAAACAAACCUAGCUUUCCGAAUCGAAUCGACGCGUUAAGAAAAUUGAGCAAACAAGAUAAGUAAAGAAGAAGAAGAAGAAAAAAAAAAUACAUACACAAUUUACAUAAUACACGAUAUUAAUAAGCAGUUUAUUGAUCAUACAUGUAAACGUUAGUGGACUUAGAGUUUCAAAAUGUUUCUUAAAAUGCAAGCGAACAAAAUGGUCAGAAAAACCAACACUACACACACACACAUACAGCAAAAGACACACGUACGGAAGGACACACAUCCAUUCUCACUUCGGAGAAGCUGCGAUGAAAGCCAAUUUACAGAGAAAGCAAAACACACAUAUUGUAACGUUUAGACCAGUUCUUAGGCGGGACACACGCAAAAAAAAACACACACACAGUUGGAACAGCAGCAGUCGAACAGCGAGAAAAACCAAUGGUACCAAUUUUGAAAAGGUUGUGCAAAGUAAACAAACAAACAAACAAACAAAAACUACCCAUUCCCGCGUGUUUGGGGGAAGCGCUAACUUGCUACCAUUUUGAUCCCCGUGCAUCGCGUGCAAGCGAGAGCAACACACAUUAAAGGCCAUUUUCGCGGUCAGUAUUUAGGUGGUCUGGUAGUGGUCACACCCCCAACGUGCAAUACCCCCCCUCCCCUCUUCCCAAUCUCUCCCCCACGACACAUGCAAUACAGAUAUAUACACGUUUGAAAUCUAUGGGCUUACGGACCAGGGUUCGGUGGAGGCGCCCUUCAGUUCGAUUCUUCUGCUUAAACAAGGGAACAGAAGGACGCUGAAGGGGUCCUGACACACACACCUGAUGCCUUUCUUUAAGAUGCUUCUACCGGAGAUUUGCCAACUUUUUGAGACGAAUGAGACGAAGGUGGAAGAAGAAGAACGAAAAAAAAACACCCACACAAACACAACAACAUCAACAGCAAACCAGCACAUAGGCAAUGGGGGCGGAUAUUAGCCAACCGCGUAGUUUUUUCGCCACACACGACCCCUCCCCCCCCCCCGCUCUUCGCCUUCCCAUACACUGACACACAUACGCCAACAGGCACACGUACACCCACAGAACAAUGGAAAGCGGGCAGGCUGCAGAACACUAGAACACACGUGGGGCCAGUGGGGACCCGCGGCAACACACCCACAAAAAUAUACAGCAAGUAAAUGCAUUAAACCAAACGUAUAAUGGAUGUUUAGUUCUUAAUGCGCAGCAAACACUACUGCGAGCAAAUUACAAGAAGAAGCAAAAAAAAAGUAAUAAUAAUCGAUUAAGAGUUAUACAUAUAUAUAUAUACAUAUUAAACAAAGGAAACAGAAACAAAAAAAUGAAACAAGUAAUCAUCUCAUGAAUCACCCGACUCAUCAAGCGUAAUUAAAACUAGAUUUAGCGAGAGAGAGAAAAAAAAAGCAGAUAGGCGUAUAAGCACGCACGCGCGUUCGCGGAGAACAACAUCGGCUCGGCGCAGAACGGCGGAGAAACAGAAGAAGAAAAAAAUUCUACACCACUUGGAUCCGAAAACUUCUAGUCGAUAAGGUGACCGAAAAAACCUGGCAAACAAACAAAAGACGAGCGCGAAAGGAGGCGCGUUACGUUUAAGGAUAAGCGGCGAGAAAGCAGUAGCAAAUAGACGUUACACGCGUAUAGGUUAUCGAGGAUAGAGUAUUUUCUCCACACCUGGCACCGUGGAGAAAGGCCUGGCAAACACGAUUUUCUACUAAAACUAUUUAUUCAUACAAACAUAUAUAUAUAGAUAUAUACACACAAAUAUGAAUAUAUAUACACAUAUAUGAAUAUACAAGAAAAAAAAACAACUGGAAGGAAAGCCGCAUGAUGUGUAGUGCUCGUAGUGGAAAGCGUACAGCAGGGAGAAGAAACGAACGCGCAAGAAAAAUGUUUAAUUGUUUCCUAAGGACAGAACAAAGCUAGAAAAAAUACACAAAAAUCACACACACACAGAAACACAGACACACCGAUACGGUAUAAGUAAGCAAAGCAUCUUACGCAAAGCUGAUUUAAUGAUGAUGAUGAGUAUGUGAAAGAUGAAAAUGCUAAAACUACCGCGAAACAUAACACGACACGUGACCUUCAUGUUCCGGCCAUCAUCGACCACCGGGUGAAGGAAUGUUUCGCGAAAUGAAAUGAACAAAAGAUGCAGGAGAAGAAGCAAACAAAAAAACAUACUCACACACGCUAGUGGAACUGGAACACGAGAGCUAGAGCAAGGACAUUUAGGUCACAGGUUCCACUCACAAUGGGUGGUGUUUCGCGGCGCAGAAGGAUGCAAUGCAUACAAUGUUGGCAUCCGGCAUGGCGUGUGUGUGUGGAGAUCAGGAGCAGCCUAAAUAUAGGCCGGGGGCUGCACAUGCACAGAACAAUAAUUUCUGCUGACCGUUGAGCAUUGUGUGGUGGGCAAGGAUAUGGAUACGAGAGCGCGCGCCUAUGAAAAAGGACAUUCGCGCGCUGGAGCUUUGAUGUUUUGACGAUAAGAAGAAUACAUUUGCUGAUAAGUGUGAGGCGAGAAGAAGCAGCAGACAGCGGUGAGAUAAAAUAAUCAAUAAACUCAUAUUCACGCCCUAGCCGGCGAAUAGCAGUAGUUUAGCGGAGCAGCGUACGAGAAGCAGAAGCAAACUAAUUCAAAACUCUAUAUGAAUAAUAGUAGUAGCAGUAGCAUUAUCUUAUCGGUUUGGCAAUGAGAAUGAGUAAUUUAAGUGCGAUGUAACGAAGCGAAGAUUGGGUUAUUGGAUAAUAAUGUUGAAGAUCAUUAAAUUCAACACAAAAAAAUUAUAUAUAUAUAUACACACACACACACUCAUAUAUGAAUGAAUACAAUGGAAACCAACACGCAUACAUACAUAUAUAUAUAUAUAUAUAUAUACAUAUAUUAUACAUAUAAAAACAAACGACAGAGAAAAGGGGGUGAGCAGUGCUCGAGUAUUAAGAACGCAUUUGUUUGAGAAACAAACUAGAACAAAACAAAAAAGAAAUGAUGAAGCAAAACAUAUUAAACUACAUAACAACAUUAUUAUCUAUACCGCAAAACAAUAGAAUGAACUGCUAUAUCGCAAACGAAAAAAAAACCAGAUGAAAUCUUGUAGCAACGUGAGCAGCAGAAAUUGAUACAUUAUUUAAGCUUGUACUUGUUAAACGCGAGGAAGCGCAGGCCUGGCGUGCCCUGGCCUGGCAGCCCUCAGAUAACACAUAAUGCAUACAUUUGUAGGCGUCCGCAUUUGCUGAAUGUGCGCUGGAAACGGGGGGUGUAGCGCGUGAGAAGUAGGAGAACCAAAACCAUACAAAAUGAAACACACGAAACAAACAAAAAGCAUACAACAACAAAACCAGACACCCAUACACAGGAACGCGCAUUUACAGCCGCAGAGCAGACGAGACCACUUAGCUAUUGCACAUUACCUACUUUGAAAUGGAACGGAGCGGGAAGAAGAUUGCAAAAGCUAGUCGCUAGGAUGCUAGGGCCAGGAUGUUUGAAGCAGCUUCCGGCAGUGGCUUUGGUGGUGGUUUUUUUUUUUUCGAGGGCGCAUGUUACGCUAGCUGCAGCAUCGAUACGUUUGUGUGAAAGCGCUAACACACUGGAAUAGCGGCAUUGGAAAGAAAGCAGAAAAAAAGAACAAAAAAAUAGAUCAGUUCUGGUGUCGAAACCAUGAAACCGCCAACCAGCAAUAAAGCAAUUCGUUACAGCAUGAAGCUAAAAGGAGCCGUUACGACGGCGUAAGGGCAAAAAUAAGAAACAAGCCACUUUGGGGAAUAAGACAAAAUCCAGCGACCAAAAAAAAAAACAAUAAAAUAGCCAGAGAAAAAUGACAUAACGCAACAUGGGAAGUGAAACCAGUUCAAGAGAGGGAAAGAUUACGUGACAAACGACACACGGCCGGUCGAGGCGGUUGAGAAGCAAAAAAAAAACGAAAGCAGGUGAUGAUAAAAAUAACAUCCAUCAAGUGCAGAUUCAGGACGAACCAAUAUAAUAUGUUUGCUCGCUGCGGUGGCUAAGGAUGUCAGGACAUCAGGCAGAAGAAAAAAAAAAGAUCGACACAAAUUACUUGCACGUGGUUGUAUUAAACAAAAAAAGCCAACAGGAAAAAGGUAAUAAGAGCAAACUAAAACGAAAAACAAGGGAACGUGAAUGUGCGAACAUCAGAGUAAUGAAACACGCAGCAAGACCAAAUGUGGGAAGCAAAAAUCAGGAAAGAAGGAGCAAAAAAGUGAUAAUAAACAACAGAAGUAAGGCAUAACAUGCAAGCGGGCAAGUAAUAUAAAACGAACAUACAAAAACUGGUACUGGCAUUGUGAUCGGGGGCUUCAAGGGACUCAGGCAAAGGGAGCAAAAAAAAAACAAUGCAACACAAGCACACACGAAAAACAAAACGCUAAAUAAAAACUAGUAACAGUGAGAUGGGAAACCAA